CACGUUUUGGUGAGCUAAAAAAAAAAAAACCUGAGCAAAUGUUCACCAUCUUAACUUCUCAAAAAGCAAUUAUGUUAUUUUGGAAACUUUGAAAGAGAUGGCCACUCAGCAAGCUGCCUUGAAUCCAAUAGGAGAAAAGUGGCAGCAUCAUCAUCAUCAAUUGUGGUGUAUCUGCGGAUCAAAGAUAUAUUCCUACACAUUGGUCAUACCAAGUCAACACUCACAGAUCAAGACUUUGGAGACUGUGGAGAUCUCAGAAAAUAAAUCCUACUGCAAGAGGAAAGUGACUCUCCAGUAUCUUUGGAGGGUGUUGUGUUCUGGUGUGACUUGUGGAAUCAGAAUGACAACCAGAUUUUGUAAAUUCCAUGGCCGGCAUGUGCCCCGAUCUGAGAAUUAUGAAGAAAAAUAUGAACGCUGGCAAGAAAAUCAUGAGUGCCUUCGUAGAAAGAAUAAUAGGACCAUGUGCCAUCUUACGGGUAAACAUCGAAGCAAAGAGGCCAAGGAGCCACUUCAAAGCCCCCGACAAAAGGAGCUUCUCAGAAGAAGGAAUAUAAUAAUUGAAGAGCUUGGAGAGACGGAAGGACAGCUACCUGUUAGCACAGAGGCAUCACUGUUGCCUGAGGUCAGAACUGGGAAUUUGUGGGGAUUGUCAACUCAGACAGAUCUGACAUCAUCACCAUCUUCCAUUCAGGAGUCUUGGAAUACCCAUACCACUCACCUUCAUCUCAAAUCUGUAAAGUCUUGCAUUAGUGAUUCUCCUGCAAAUGGGAACCUGAACUCUUCAUUUGAAAACCCACUCACUGUGAAAGUUUCCAGAAGCUGUAAAGGUACACAAACCAUAGAUGAAGCCAAUGCAGUCAAGAAAAAUUCUGGCCAACAGACAGACUGUGGAACAUCUGUUUUAGAUCAGGAAAUCAUUCAGCUUUCUAAUUAUCUCAAGGAGGCAUUACACCGAGAGCUGCUACUGAAGCAGAAGAUGGUGAUUUUGCAGGAGCUUCUAGCUGUGUUGGUGCAAGCGGCAGAUAAAUCAUGGAAGGGUCAGUUAAAUGAAGAUAAACUCAAGUGCAGACUGGGUGUUUUGGAGAAUCAGCUGCAGAUAUGUGCCCAGAAUUACCCAAAGCGGAGCUUGAAGAAGAUUCUCCUGGAUAUGGAAGAUCAAAAACAGAACUAUGAGCAGAAAAUGAAAGAAUCUCUUCAGAAACUACUUGAAGAGAAAUUGCAAGCAGAAAGGGAACUGGAGAAUACCCAGAGAUCUCUCGCUGUUACAGAGGAAGACUGUACCCUCUGGAAAGAACACUACAACACAUUAAAAAAAGACUGGAGUCUGUUAACUGAAAAGCACAUUGAACUAGAAAACAAACUUCAUGUACUGGAAAACAAACUUGAGUGGUCAGACACCCAGAAUUCUCAGCUGCACCAAGCCCUGCAGAAUUUGGAGGGCGAACGUGCCAGUCUCUAUUCAAGGAUUGAUAACCUACAAGACGACCACAGGGUUACCAUGGAAUGUCUUAGUGCCAUGGAAGGCAAGCUGAAAAAUGAAGAAAGAGAGAAGCUGGCACUGGAUGCAACAAUUAAACGUUUGUACAGAGGAUACAGCAGAUAUAAAUGGUGGAGAAAUCAUUUCCACAACUGUUUGAAUUGUACACGAAGAACCAAAUAUAUUGGUGGACAAAGAAGAAAGGUGGAGGCAGGGACUGGGGCCUGCAAAUGCUUUGGGUUAUGAUCUCCUGUGGUUUGUUCCAUUUACAGAUGAGAUGCACAAUCAGUCCAGGGAGUUUAUGGUUCAGCGAGAUGAGAUGCAAAGGACAGGUCACCUAAACUGGUAGCAAGACUUCCAGCCAUUUGGGAUUUUGUAAUUGGUACCCUAAAGACCACUCUAUACUAGAUAGGCCUGGAUGAACAAUCAAUCUGACAUGUGUUCCCACGUAAAGCCAUAAGCAGCAACCAACUCUGUAAUAUUUAUUUGUGUACAUUUAUAGUGUAUGGGGUGUGUGUGAAUUCACUCUUCUACAAGUAAGUGAAAGACAUAUAUCCCAAAAUGUUAGAAAUUGCGGACUCUGUGGUUGUGAAGCUAUAUGCAUCAGACUAAAUUGCUCAAACAAUAAAUGAUUUCCCCCCUCAAAGCUA